UAGUUACAUGGAUCUUUAAAUCGAGAGAACAUACACCCAUUUUUCUAUGAAAAAUCUGCGCCUUCUUAAUUUAGCAACAGGAUGAGUCAAUUUAGGAAUCCGUUGCCAUGAAUAGACGGGAAAGACUAAAAAUAGAACAGAGGAACAAUGGCUAUACACUGAUCGAGGCGACUUCAUGAUAAACAAGAGAUUUCGGGAAGAGGAAGUGUUUAAGACUAUUCUAUUCCGAGAGGACAGAACAGAGAAUGAAACAAAAACGGAGAAAAAUUGAAUUAUUUAACCAUCGUUCGCUCUGUAAUACUUAGUAAUCAAAACGAACAGUUAGAAAUGAAAGACAAUGGCGAGUUUGAUUAGCCAAGGUGUCGGGUGAGACAGAAGGGGGAAGGGACGGAGAGCUGUUCGGAAUACCGGGACCCAAUGAUCCAAACGAAGCAUUCCCAGGCGAUCCGUGAUCGGUAGAUUUAUUGGAAAACUAAUCCGCAGUAGAAAGAGCCGUGCUAGGUUCGUCGGCAGCAGUCAAACGGCGGACGACGGGGAGAGCGAACGAUGUCAGUGGAAGCCAAUUCCUCGCUCACCAAACAGGAAAAUGAUUCCAAGUUAUCCAGGGAUCCCACGGACAUUUUUAAAAUUGCUUCCACAACGACGUUUUUGUUUUUCAUUUUCAUUGCCAGCAUUGCGGGAAAUUUGCUAGUGUUCAUAGUCUUUUCCAAAAGGCCGGCUUUAUUAACGAUAUCAAAUCGAUUCAUUUUGAAUUUAUCCGUUUGUAGUUCAUUGAACACUUUACUUGUCAUGCCGUUUAUGUUCGGUUCCUUGAUCGCCGAGGACUGGAUUUUCGGAGGCAUUUGGUGUCAAGUGACAGGGUUUCUGAUGAACGCCAUUUUCGCCGCCAGUACAUUGACCCUGGUCGCGAUAUCUUUAGACAGGUACUGUGCUGUAGUUACCCCGCUACAUUAUCAGAUGAGGAUCACAAAGCGGAGAUCUGCUCUGAUGAUAGCAGCCGUGUGGCUCCUGGCAGUCUUAGUUUCACUGCCCCCACUGUUUGGCUGGAAUCGCUUCCGCUACCAGAAGGACAAGGGUACCUGCACGGUGCUCUGGUCCAGCCGAAUUAAAGAUGAAAGGUACUACACGUAUUCGCUAGUCAUUCUGACUUUCUUUUUACCGCUGUGUGUUAUUUUGUGGGCAUAUCGUGUCAUCUUCAAAGCGGCACAAAACAAUAGCGAGAGAACAAGAAGAAACAGUGUGAUUCCUAAUAACCAGAUUGACGACAACUGUUCCACUCAAACCCCGCUUAGGUUUGAGCGGAGACGGAGCAGCACCGCCCCGAUCCUCCACCGCCGCUUGAGCACCACGAGCAGUCGAGCGGGUCCACUGCUGUGGCACAGGGACGAGUGGAAAACGGCCAUUGCUAGUCUUUUAGUGGUGUCUACUUUCAUUAUUUGUUGGCUGCCAUAUUUCAUCAUCAUUAUUUUAGAGACAGUUUUAGAAAAUUCUCAAGACAUUCCACCUGUGCUGGAAACGGUGUCCAUUUUGUUGGCCAUGAUGAGCUGCGCUUGUAAUCCAUUGGUAUACGUGUUCAGGAGCAAGCUUACGCGGCAGGAACUCAAAAUAUUGAUGAAGAUACAGAGUCGAGAAAGCAUCAACAUGUCCUUGUCAAGAAGAGGGAGUGAGUCUGUAUUUUCUAGAGAAGGUAUUGUGCAUCAGAGUAGCACUGAAUCGGACACAGUACCAUUCGAGAAACCUCUGCAUUCAUCAUCGACUUCAACCACCUUGACCUCACUGGUGUACAAUCCGAACGCCGUGACCCAGAGGUCCUGACAAAGGCGCCCCCUGGUGUCUCAAUCCUCAGUUUAAAUAGGGCGGAGAUUCGAUGUGUUUUGUGAAGCAUUCCAUGCCACUCUUCCAAAUUGAUAUUGUUAUCAAAAUAUUAUUGUAAUAUUUGACUGGUUUGUUUAAAUAUUAUUGACGUAAUAUUUGAUUGUUUUGUUUUCCCAGUUUUGAUGUCGUAUUUCAUGUCUUAUAAUUUCAAAGCAUUUUAUUGUUAUUGACUGUUUGGAAUCAAGCGACACCUUGCGACAAGAAUUAACCAAGACAUCGAUGCAUUUGGAAGUGGGUUCAACUAAAUACCUCAUACGUCCUGUAUGCUGGCCGACCAGGGUACGGGGCAUCUCUAAAAUCCCAUUUUGUCAUUGUAAUCAACAACUCAUUGUUUUCUUCAUAAUUGUCUGGCGCACCUAAGCUACUGAACCCUCAGCAAGGAACUUACACAGUUUGUCCUUUGUAUUUUUCUUUUCAAAUAUUUAUAAAGUUUACAAUAAGUCUACUAGGUAAACUUUGGGAUUUAGUUUUUGUCAGAUGUUUUCAGUAUUAAAAUCAAAAUAAUAUAUAUUUAUUCGUUUACAAAUAUUUUUAUUUGAAACAAAAAACAAGUUGGUGUCUUUUUUUAUUUCGAAUAUUUUUUGUUGUUGAAAUUUUGUAAUGUUGUUGAACGUAUUGGAUUCGUUAUAUAGAGAUGCAAUAUUGCACAUUAUAUAAUAAGUUUAUCGUGGUUAUGUGUUGUUACACGUUUGUGUUAUGUUGAUUUAUGUAUGUAUAUAUUUAUCUGUUUAUGUAUAUUUUAAAAUUAAUUCAGCAUAUCACAGCCAUAAAAUGGUUCUUUUUUCAUGCGGUAUCGUAUGUAUUUAAUUAUAUGAAAAAUCCUUUUUAAAGAUGAAAUAUGGUUAUAUUUUAUUAAUUGAUAUUAUGUGUUUAAUCAUUUGACGAUGCCAUUUGCUCUGUGUUUAUUUCCCGCGUCAAUCUGUUGUUGUUUGUUUUUGUUGUUUAUUCUGUUUGUUGUUAGAUGUCCCGGUUAAUAUUGUUAAUAAUUAUAAAUCAGUCUUUACUGGUAUUAGCUUGUUGAAUUGUCGGCUGGAUAUUGCCGUCUUUUCCUGUAGUUAUAUUCACCUAUAUGUGAUGCUGAAUAGCUCUUUGGAACAUACUUGUUACGCAUAUGGUCUUGCGUGCCUACAGUAAAACUUACACACAGAAAUGUAGCGCAUUUUGGUAUCACAAAUCGAUAGGUAUCGAUUUUUGGUCAUUAAUUACGUUUGGUAUGUAAUUU